AUGGAUAGCAAAUUUCUUCUAAAUAAUUUUGGGAAAGGCAGUCUGAAGGUGACCAUCACACCAGCCCAGCCGAAGACCCUUACACAUCUACCUAAACGACCACCAGUGGAUUUAGCUUUUACGGACCUCACUUAUAAGGUGCAGGAAGGAAGAAAAAGCAAUGUAAAAACAAUCCUCAAAUCGGUGUCGGGGAGACUUCGCUCCGGCGAGCUGACAGCCAUCAUGGGCCCGUCUGGCGCCGGGAAGUCCACCCUGCUCAAUAUACUCACUGGAUACAAGACGUCUGGUAUGGAGGGUAGUAUAACGAUUAAUGGCAUGGAGCGCAACUUGUCAAGCUUUAGGAAGUUAUCCUGUUAUAUUAUGCAAGACAAUCAAUUGCACGGAAACCUAACCGUUGAAGAAGCCAUGGCGGUAGCUACUGCUUUAAAGCUACCCAGUGCGACUACACGAGCUGAUAAGGAAGAAGUGAUUCAAGAAAUUCUGGAAACUCUCGGAUUAUCAGAACAUCACAAAACAAUGACGUCAAAUCUUUCUGGUGGUCAGAAGAAGCGAUUGUCUAUUGCAUUGGAGCUUGUGAACAACCCUCCAAUCAUGUUCUUCGAUGAGCCCACCUCAGGAUUGGACAGCUCUUCAUGUUUCCAAUGUAUAUCCCUAUUGAAAACGUUGGCGAGAGGCGGUCGUACUAUAAUAUGCACAAUCCAUCAACCUUCUGCUAGAUUGUUCGAGAUGUUUGACCAUUUGUACACAUUGGCAGAUGGGCAGUGUGUAUAUCAGGGCAGUACUGGUAGAUUAGUGGAAUGGCUCGGCAGUCUCAACUUGCAGUGCCCUUCGUACCACAAUCCCGCCUCCUUUAUAAUAGAGGUAUCGUGUGGCGAGUACGGAGACAACACUGGGAAACUUGUACGAGCCAUAGAAAAUGGAAAGAAUGAUAUCAGAAACGGAAAACCCCUCCCAACAUUGCCGGAAUACAACAACAAAAAAGAUAUGGAGAAAUCAGUGAAUAAAGAAUGGAAUAAAAAUGACGCUUCCCAAGUACAGGAGAAAGUGUUGGAUGUACCGAAUGGUGCUAAUGGAGCUAACGGUGCCAAUAUACAAAAUGGACUGCUACAGUAUGCGGCCAACGAAAUCGCUAAGGGCAAAAAUGAUGCUUUAGUGGUACAAGUGGACACAGAGAAGCAAGAUAACGCAGAAGUAGCAUUACUGGGCACAGAUGGGUCACCGCGACGGUAUGCUACCUCUGAACUAACUCAGUUCUGGGUCGUACUAAAGCGAACUUUACUCUUCAGUAGACGAGAUUGGACUCUGAUGUACCUACGACUUUUCGCGCACAUUUUGGUUGGUUUCCUGAUCGGUGCAUUGUACUACGAUAUUGGCGAUGACGGAUCAAAAGUGCUAUCGAAUCUUGGCUUCUUAUUCUUCAACAUGUUGUUCCUUAUGUACACGUCGAUGACGAUCACUAUUCUCAGCUUCCCUCUGGAAAUGCCUGUGCUAAUAAAGGAACACUUCAACCGAUGGUAUUCUCUACGCUCGUACUACCUCGCCAUUACCGUCUCUGAUAUACCAUUCCAGGCAAUAUUCUGCAUAAUCUACGUGGUGAUAGUGUACCUGCUGACGUCGCAGCCGCUGGAGUGGUUCCGUUUCGCCAUGUUCCUGUCGUCGUGCCUCCUCAUCGCCUUCGUGGCGCAGAGCGUGGGGCUCGUCGUGGGCGCCGCUAUGAAUGUUCAGAACGGCGUGUUCCUCGCACCUGUGAUGUCGGUGCCGUUCCUCCUGUUCAGCGGGUUCUUCGUGUCGUUCAACGCGAUCCCGGUGUACCUGCGCUGGAUCACGUACGUGUCCUACAUACGGUACGGGUUCGAGGGCACCGCGCUCGCCACGUACGCCUUCAACCGCACCAAGUUACAGUGUCAUCAGGUAUAUUGCCACUUCAAAAACCCAGAAACUACAUUGGAGGAGUUGGAUAUGACAAAUUCAGAUUUCACAUUAGAUAUAGCGGCUCUCUGCCUUAUAUUCCUCGUGCUGCGUAUCUCCGCUUUCUUAUUCCUUCGUUGGAAACUCCGUUCCACCAGA